AUGGCUCGACAACUGAAUAAAAGAGGGAAGGUCUCAGAGUGCCAUGAGAAAGGGCACAAAGAUGAGAUCCCCUCUAUCCUGUGGACUGAAGGUUCAAACAAAACACCACUUGUGAAGUUUAUGGCAGAGGCUGUAAUUGGAGUGUCACCCCUUCGUGAGGUAGGAAAACGUUACAAACUCACCUAUAAAAUGAGCCGUUAUGGGAGUCGCCUGGUCCGCAACAUGCUAUCUGCUCAUGGAUUUGAAGAGGCCAAAACAAGCAGUAGUGAUUUUCAAUUGAUGUGGACAGGACCAGGCAUACAAUACCCUAGUUAUGCAAACCUUUCAAAAGGACAAAAGAUAAACCACUUCCCCAGAUCCUCUGAGUUGUCUCGCAAAGAUUUUCUCUGUAAAAAUAUUCAAAGGCUUCAGAGGAAAGAUGGGGAACAACAAUGCAACUUUCUGCCUCAGAGCUAUGUGCUCCCCGAGGAAUACCAAGACUUUUCUCAAGUUAUUGCCAAAGAUCAAGGACCUUGGAUUGUCAAGCCUGUUGCAUCUUGUCAAGGGCACGGAAUUCGGCUUAUAAACGCCAUAUCACAGAUAAGCGCAAAAGAACGUCUCCUGGUAUCACGCUACAUAAGUAAUCCGCUUCUUAUUAAAGGGUACAAGUUCGACUUACGUCUGUAUGUGCUAGUCACAUCAUACGACCCAUUAAUAAUUUAUUUCUACGAAGAAGGACUAGCCAGGUUUGCUACCUCAAAAUACAGACCAGCAGAGCAUGCCAUGAAAAACAAAUUCAUGCAUUUAACCAACUAUAGCAUAAACAAGGACAGCCCUUGCUUUGUGGCCAACGAUGACCCUGAGAAGGAGAACUAUGGUAGCCAAUGGACCAUGAGCGCUAUGCUGCGUCAUUUAAAACAGAAAGGAAAAGAUACAACAACGCUCAUGGCUGAAAUUGAAGAUCUAAUUAUUAAAACAAUAAUUUCUGUGGAAGGAUCAAUCACUGUAGAAUGUUCAGGAGUUCUGGCUGGCAAAAAAAACUGCUUUGAACUGUAUGGUUUUGACGUGCUAAUUGACGAAAACCUGAAGCCUUGGCUGAUGGAAGUCAAUUCAUCACCAUCUCUGGAUCCUUAUUCUCCACUUGGUUUAAAAGUAAAGGCAAAUUUAAUAGCAGACAUGCUUACAUUGGUUGGCCUGGAGUGUAAAGACCUCAAACCUGAAAAGAAAGGAGGUCCAGCAACCACGGAAAAAAAUAUUAAAGCCGGCUAUUGCAUGACAUCCGCAUUACAGACUAAACCCUCCCUAUAUGACGAAUGGAUGGCAAUUGUUCAAGACAUCAGGGAGGAGGAAAAGAGGCAAGGGGGGUUUGUACGGCUAUUCCCAAGGCAAGACACAUGGAAACAAUAUGGGUCUUUAUUAACAUACAAAAGCCUAAAUCACAUGCUGGCUCAACACCUUUUCACGGAAACGUCAACAGAACCAGAAAACGGCAUCAAACAGCGUAUAGCUCUCUAUGAGAGGAUGUUGCCACCCGUGCACAGACCCAGGCCUCAAUAUCAGUUUAAACAAAAACCUGUUAAGCCGGCUGAUACAACCAAAGCAUGUCAGCAGAGCCGAGGAAAAGAUAACAAGGACUCAGGGCGCAUGAACCUUCCAAAGAUUUCAGACCUGUGCAGUCGUAGCAGCAACACGAAAGCUGGGGACCUCAGGAGCAAGAGACCAGCUCCACCAAUACCUAAGGUUGUGGAGUCCCGCAAUGACUCGAGUGGUGGGGCAAAGAUGCCAGCAAUUGUCAGAGAUGCAAAAACAAAAGCUCUCUACAACAAUGAUGCAAGAGUAGUAAGACGGUUCAGUCAGGUUUCAGGGGACCUGCAGAGCAGGAAACCUCUUCCACCAAUGCCUAAGGUUGUGCAGCCCCUCCAUGAUUCACCUCUGGUUACUAAGUUGCCAACAAUCUCGGGAAAAAUAAAACCAGAAGCUCUCCACUAUGAAGAUAGGAUAGCUAGUAAACGGUUCAAUCAGGCUUCAAAAAUAAUUGCUGGCUUCUCUGACAUUUACAAACUGGCUAGUGAUGAACAAAAGUGGCUACAGAGAACUCUGGAAAAUCAGAAAGUUUUGCCAGGAACUUAA